GAGGCGGGUGCAGCUGAGGAUCCAACCAGGAGGAGAGGCUGGUCCUGGCCCUCUUCUGAGGCUUCUCCCCAGCUGGCCUCACCCUGGGAGCCUGAGUCCAGAGAGCAGGAAGUGCUGACGCUGACGAGAGAAAUAUGGGUCCUGUGGGCUCUGCCUUCCUGCUGUCCCUUCUGCUGGGGUCUUUCCUAUCCUCUUUCCAAAAGAAAACCCUCCAGUCAGUGUGUGGACGACCUGUACACUCAGGCCGUGUUGUGGGUGGCAAGGAUGCUGCUGCCAUGCGCUGGCCUUGGCAGGUCAGCCUGAAGUUCUCCAACUUCCACGUCUGUGGGGGCUCCCUCAUCAAUGACAGGUGGAUAGUCACAGCAGCACACUGCUUACAAAUGACAUGGAUUCCUUUCUUAUACACCGUGUGGCUGGGGUCAAUUGACAUCAACAAUCUAGGUGAAGGCGUGAUACAUCAUGUGAGCCGAAUGGUCAUCCAUCCCACAUACAAUAAUGCCAGUGGAGACAUUGCCCUGUUGCGGUUGUUCACUAGAGUCACCUACAGUUCUUCCAUCCUGCCCAUUUGCUUGUCCAAUGUCAAAAAAAAGCAGUUGAUAGUUCCAGGCUCUUGCUGGGUGACUGGAUGGGGAAAACUGCGAGAAGGAGAUGCCGAUAACCCUACCACGCUCCAGGAAGCAGAAGUACCCAUCAUUGAACACCAGAUAUGUGAAAACAUCUACAACCCACUGGCCUCCUUCUUGCCGCAAGCACAGCCAGUCAUCGAGGAAUCCAUGGUGUGUGCCGGUGAUCUUAACAAAGGGAAGGAUACCUGCCAGGGUGAUUCUGGAGGGCCUCUGGCAUGUCAAAUUGAUGGUAUAUGGAUCCUGAUAGGAUUGUCAAGCUGGGGAAUAGGAUGUGGUACUUCUUUUCCUGGAGUCUACACCAAUGUGACCUACUACCAAAAAUGGAUUAUGUCCGUUAUCUCAAGAGCUGAGUCUUGGGUGCGAACAACCUGGACUUAUCUGACUUCUUAUUCUCUAUUGUACUGCUUUCUCUGGCUCUACUGGGACCCUCCUGUGCCUUUGGGUCUAACAUUUUACCAGGACAGUAGGAAGUGUAGCUGACACUGCUGACCAAGGACGUGACUAGGAAGGAAGGUGUGAAGAAUAAGCACUCUGGGCAGGGAAGUCACACAUACUGUUCACUGGGAACUCUGGAUGACUUUAUUAAAAUAAUUAGAAAUGA